UCUGGACUCCAGGGGGUCACAGCACCUUCUGGAAUCCUGCAGCCUCUUUCUCACCUGGAAGAAUACUCCUAGAAACCUGGCAAAAUGUGUGAUGCUUUUGUGGGUACCUGGAAACUUGUCUCCAGUGAAAACUUUGAUGAUUACAUGAAAGAAGUGGGAGUGGGCUUUGCCACCAGGAAAGUGGCUGGCAUGGCCAAACCCAACAUGAUCAUCAGUGUGAAUGGAGAUGUGAUCACCAUUAGAUCAGAAAGCACCUUUAAAAAUACUGAGAUUUCCUUCAAACUGGGCCAGGAAUUUGAUGAAGUCACUGCAGACGACAGAAAAGUCAAGAGCAUCAUAACCUUAGAUGGGGGUGUCCUGGUUCAGGUACAGAAGUGGGAUGGCAAGUCGACCACCAUAAAGAGAAAAAGAGAGGAUGAUAAGCUGGUGGUGGAAUGUGUCAUGAAAGGCGUCACUUCCACCAGAGUUUAUGAGAGAGCAUAAGCCAAGAGACACGGGGACCUGGACUGAAGUUUGUAUCAAACUCCACGACAUUCUGUUGGAUGAAUUGUUCAAAGAGAUAUUAUUAUUUUCCCAUAAUUACCAAGCAACUAAUUUUCUCCCGGGAUGGAUUUUGCUAAAUAUGUUUGGUUUGGUUAAAUAAAACUUUUUAGAUUUAGAAGGUGAUAUGAUGGAUGAUAUAUUUAUUGUGCUUUGUAAUUUCAUUUACUCAUAAUUGAGUGAAGAAAAUAGAACAAUUGCAUUAUUGAUCUGUUUCUCAUAUAAGUCAUAAGAUCUUUCAUAAUAAUAAUGCAAGGUAAAAAAAAACAUUAAUGUCUGUGAAUUUUCUAUUUGCCCAGGUAGGAGGCAAUAUGUACCAUGACUGAAUAUUAGGUCCCUUUCUCAGUAUAUCUAAUUAAGAAACUAUCUCUUGGAGACUUAAUGUAGUUUUACAUAGAGUAAAAUGUCUAUUGUCAGCUGGUAUAAAUGCUUAUGUUUCAUACCUGCUCUGUCCUGGAUCUUUGCAAGUGAGUUGUAUAUUCUUGUUGCAUGUGGUAGAAAAAAUCUUUAGUCUGUAAUUUUUAGUUGGUGGGUACACGCCUAUAAUCCCAGCGGCUUGGGAGGCUGAGACAAGAGGAUUGCAAGUUCAAGGUCAGCCUCAGCAACUUAGCGAGGCACUAAGCAACUCAGUGAGACCCUGUUUCUAAAUAAAAUACAAAAAAAGGGUUGGAGUUGUGGCUUAGUAGUUGAGUGCCCCUGAAUUCAAUCUCCAGUACCACCCCCCACAAAAAAAAUAUUGAUGAACCAGGUGUCUUAGUUUUCCAUUGCUAUAACAAAAUUCCCAAGACUGGUGUUAUAAGAAAAAAGUUUAGCUCACAGUUUUGGAGACUGAACAUCCAAGAUGAGGUAGUCACAUCAAUUUAGCCUUUGGUGAGGACCUGAUGACAAAUUACAUCAUGGAUGGAGUGCAUAUGAAGAGAGAUCAUGUAGUGAGACAGAAAGCCAGAGAGCAGGGACAAAUCAGUCUUGCUUUUUUGUAACAGCCCACUCUUAUAGGGUCUAUCCAGUAUCUCCCUAAUUCUUUUGGGGAGCUAUGUCUCCCAUUGACCUAACUACUUUACAGUAGGCUCCACCUCUUAAAGUUAUCACAACAUUACCACCACACAGAGAAAAAAGUGUCUAGUACAUGACCCUUUGUAGGACAAACAACUUCCAAACCAUCGCAGUCUAUUUCUGAAAGCUACAGACUUCAGUGAAAAUAAUUCCAUAGUGUAUUCCACAAAAGUGGUGACAGUUUUGUCCAUAAGUAAAGAUUCCCGUCAUUGUAGUAGUUUCACAUUUAUUGUUUUCUUACUAGCAAAACUUUUUAUUCAAAUACAAUCUUCUUGUAAUCUCAAUAUUCAAAACAUACAAAGUAUACUGAGGUUUCCCAAGUGUGUGUGUGUAUGUGUGUGUGUUUCUCCUGUGUCCUGUGAAAGCCAUGAAGCACUUCUACAGAUUAUACAGAUUAUUGGGUUUUCAUUUAUAUAGGGCAAAAUUUCUAAAUCACACAGUUACAUUUAUAGUAAGACAAAAAUCUGUUUAGGUGUAUACCAUAGGGGACAUUAUGUUAAGUGAAAUAAUUUAUAUACAGAAAGAUGAGUGCCACAUAUUCUCUCUCCUAUGUGAAAGUUAAAGAAAAACAAAAGUCAAUCUAAUGUAGAAGAGUGAUUAAUGGAGGUUAGGAAGGGAGGCUGGAUUCAUCAAUGAGCAUUGUAUGCAUGUAUUGAAGUACCACAUGGAACCUCAGUAUGUAUAAAUAUUAUGUGUUAAUGGAAAAUUAAAAAUAAAAUAUAUACUGCAGUUGA